AUGUCGGCUUCGUCUUCUGGAGACAUAGGAAAAGAUAGCAAAUAUAAGGCUUAUGCUCAAGCUGUUGAUAGAGCAUUGAAGACUUUUGAAAACUCGAAUGAAUGGGCUGACUUGAUUUCGGCGCUUGGAAAAUUAUCCAAGGUAAUUUAAUGUUAUUUUUUGUUAUAAAUAAAAGUAUUUCGCAGGUCUUCCAAUCAAAUGCGAAAUUCGCAGCAAUUCCAAAUCGCGUAACAGUUGCAAAACGUCUUUCACAAUGUUUGCAUCCAGCACUUCCACCUGGUGUUCAUUUGAAAGCUCUCGAAACUUAUCGACAAAUUUUUGAGAUUCUUGGACCAUCAAAACUUCCUGAAGUUCUUUAUUUAUUUGCCGUCGGCUUGUUUCCUCUCAUGGAUCAUUGUCAAAUAAAAGUGAAAUCCGAGCUAUUUUCAAUAUUUGAAGCAUAUUUGGUACCCCUUGGAACAAAUCUACGACCAGCGCUUCCUGGAUUCUUGGGCGGAGUAUUAUUAGCUCUCGAAGAAGGCACUGAAUUCUACGAUCGAAGUGUGACAUUAUUGGAUAAAGUAUGCGAAAAAGUUGGACCUCGAGCAUUUUAUGCGUGUGUUUGGCAAGCAGUUUUAGGCUCACCGCCAGUUCGACUUCCAGCAAUGAUUUAUGUGAAUGCGAAAUUUGAUCGAUCAAAAAGUUUAGAUGAUCAAAUACAUAUUGUUGGCGAUCAUGUAAAUCAUAUGAUCGCAGCUCUUUAUUCAACAGCAGAUGAUAUUGGCUCACCACUUGUUCAACGACAUUUAUUAGAUUUUCUAGUCGCUGCUUUUCCAUUGGAUAGUACUUAUUUAACAAAAUCCGAUUUUGUCCAAUUACUUCGUCGAUGUUUAUUCGUCGUACUUCGCAGAGAUAUGUCCCUAAAUCGUCGACAUGGCUUAUAAAUCGACCAGGUGUCUCUGGAAUCACCCUUGGAUCUCCAGAAGAUGCUGUUGAUAUGUCAUUUUUCACCGAAAAAGUUUUGCCAAUAAUUAGUUGUGCAAUUGAUGAUUAUUUGAAUUUGGAUACAAUUGAAGUGCCGGUGAAUAAUCAAUUAUGGGGAGAAAGGAAAGAGGGGGAACAAAUACAAUUUGCCGAAGUUCGAGUUUGUCGAUUAUUGUUAUAUCUGCAAGAUCGGGCUGAUAUUGGCAAAUUAAUUCUUGAUACGGUAUUCGCGAAUUUCCUCAAAAAAUCUGCUUAUUAUCACGAAUCGAAAAAUGUUGAGGAGAAAGAAAAAAGAGAAUUUGGAGAUAGAGAAACUCUGAUACUUCAAUUGAACACAAGUUCGAAUUCGGAUGGAUCUUCCGAAGGUUCUGGUGUUGAUAUGAUCAAAAAUCGAAGAAUUGACGAGCUUUCGAAAACAUUUAACAUGCUCUUGAAUUCCCUGGAAACUGGAUUUUUGUGGAAUUAUUUAGCGAAUUGGUAUGAGAAAAAAGUGGAGAAUAAAGAGGAGAUUCAUGAUAUUUCAAAAGUUGUUAGUGUUUGUUUGGAAAUGUGUAAUGUGGAAAGUGAUGCCACGAUUCGAGCAAAACAUCUGCCAAAAUUAUUGGAAUGCAUUCUUCGAGGACUUUCAAACAAGACACUUUUAUUGUCGUGUAAUCAAGAAGAUCUUCUAUCGCUUUAUUCAGAUUGUCAGAAGCUUUUGAAAAUUAUUACAUCGAAUCCACCAAGUCCAAUUGAAGGUUUGUUCUAUUUUUGUUGGAAUGAAAAUAACAAAUUAACACUAAUUAACUUUUUUUAAUUGUUGAAAUGGCUAAAGAUACAUUAUCAAUGAAUCAAACAAAUGAAAUCACUGCUAUUGAGCAUGGUUAGUUUUUUAGGUUGCCAAGGAACUGUUUCAACUUUCGUUUUCGACCACGAAAAAUUGCAGAACUCAACUCUUAAGAUGAGUUAUGACGUGGAAUUUUUUGAAAAAUCGGAACUUCUGGAGGUGGAUCUAUGUAGCUUCAAAAAUUAUUUUAAUGCAAAUCUAAAGAAUAACCUCAUUCAGGAAGGUAGAUUACAUAAAUCAAUUACUGUUCUCAACAUAGAAUCAAUUUUGAAAAUUUAUUUUUUGUAGAUUCCAAACUUUUUUGAAAAAUCUUUUGGAUUUUGAUGGGACACCCUGAUGAUUUUUCAGAAAAAUAGGAAAUCUACAAAAAUAAAAUUUUUAAAUUGAUGCUGUGUUGAAAACAGUAAUUGUAUUUAUGUAAUCCACCCUCCUGAACGACGUUAGAUUUGCAUAAGAAUAAUUUUUGGAGCUAGUCUAAGCCCAAAUUUUUCCAAAUUCCACGUCAUAACUCAUAUUAAGAGUUGAGUUCUGCAAUUUUAGAUCAAAAACCACUAGAAAACAUACAUUUUAUUAAAAAUAAAAGUGGAAACAGUAUCCAUCUAAAUUAGCACCUCUUAAUAUUAUUAUUCAAAUUUAGUUUUCCCAACCAUAAUAAAAUUUCAGAAAAAAGUCAAAUUGAUGCUUGUUUAACUCAAUGUGUUUGUGCUUUAUCAGCAAUAUUCGAAUGUUAUACCGAAGAUCGUUCACCAACUCAUCUCCCUUUAAUCGAUGCUUCAACUACACUUCUCCAUGAUUUCCUAGCUGUUCCAAUUUAUCACAUCGGAUUUGAUCAUUAUGACGAAGAACGUUUGGAAGUACCAGAAUGGCUUGAUAAUAUGCUAAAAGUGAUUGAUGGUUGGAAGAAAUGAAAAAUGAGAAAUGUAUGGAUAUAUCAGCAAGAUCGUCAUUACUUGAAUUAUUGUGUAAAGUAUAUUCAAAAUCUGCGCAAGUUCUUUCAAAACAUGAUGAAGCGAUUAGUUUGUUUUUUAGUGUGAGUUCUUACAAGGGUGCAUAAGGUCACCAGAUAAAUUUUUGAUGAAACAUAUCGAAAUAUACAAAAUCGCGAUCGACCAUGCUGAUCACGAUUCCGAAGUUGAAAAUUGCCACAAAUCCCUGUGGGCGCUUUUUUGGUGCUCCAAAAUUUGAAUUGAGUUGCGGUUUUCGCCAAUGCCAAAACUCGAUUCUAACUUUGGAGCUCCAGGAAAGUGCUCACAGGAAUUUGUGGCGAUUUUGACUGCGGAAUCGACUCGAGUCGACUUGAAAUCGAGUCGUUGUCCAACUAUAGAAAGAGUGCGAUUUGCUGAAGAGAUCGAUGAGAGAUAGAGAGAAAGCGAGAAUGUAUGGAGUGUGGAGUGCUGGCGCAAAUACGCCACGGCGCUCAUCUCGUAAAAUUUGGCCGAACGGUUUUUUUUUGCAAACAAAGUUCGGCCACGUGUGCUUUAGAGCGCACAUUCUGUUUUGAGAGAUUUUUUCACAAAUUUUUGAAAACAACCUUGUUUUUUUUGUGUGAGUAAAAACGUGUAAUCAUCGUUAUUUAAAAAGCACAGCAAAAAAAAAUAAACAUUAUUUUCCAAACGACUCGAGUCGACUCAAGUCGAGUCGUUGUCCAACUAUAAUUAGAGGGCGUUUGUUGCUUUGGCCGAAUUCCCGACAUUGCUCGACCACCAAAAUAGUUCGGCCACAUUUAUCAUUGAAUUUUUUUGAAAAAUUUUUUUGAAAUAUACGUUCAACUUCAAUUUUUUGUGAAGAAAAUGGGUUUUUAGUUUCAUUCGACAUUCUAACAUUUUUAAAAGUGCUCAUAUUCUACGUUUCAGAUAAUGGAUGAGAACGAUAUGAGCAUUCAUUGUGAAACUCCAUCGUCAACAAGAUCCGAAGAUUUAGCAAUGGUGUCUCCUAAGGAGCAAUGUUUGGAAUUUGAAUAUGAAGGGUUUUUAUCAUUGGAGGAGCUUAUAAAUUCAAUCGCAUAUCGCAAAGGAUCAACCGUCCUUUCAGUAAGUCUAAUUUUAAGUUUUUCUCCAAACGGGACAUCCAAAAACCAAACUGUCGAAUUUCUGUUAUGGGCCCAUGCAGAAUAAUAUUUUGUAAUAAAAAACUUUUUUUUCUAUGCAGAAAAACGUCGAAAAAACAAAAUAUACAGUUUAUUAUUUAGAGUAGAGACAACGUGAAGUUGAGAGAGUGCAGACAAAAAACCCAUUUUAUGUCUGCGCUCUCUCAAUUUCACGUUGUCUUUAUUUUGUUUUUUCGACGUUUUUCUGCAUAGGCAAAAAAUGUUUUUUUAUUACAAAAUAUUAUUCUGCAUAGGCCCAUUAAUACUGAAGUAUUUUUGUUCAAAUUUGAAUUUAAAUGAAAAGAAUGCAGUCUUCUAUUAUCAAAAUAAAGAUCUAAAUUCAAUAUCAUGUAUAAAAACCCAAUAAGAAUGACCGGGGAAACUUUUUUCACCAUGCGAACUGUUCCUCAUUUUUUAAGGAACAUUUCCGACGUAUUCUUGAAAUAAUUGCCCGAAUUCGUGUUGUUUUGCAUUUUGAUGAAUUGAAUUCUGUCUCACACCCAUUGGAGCAGUUUGUUCAUUAGUGGGUCGAGGGCAAAAUCAAAAACUGGAUGGACUUGCCUUUUCAUUUUUUUUUAUUUACAGAUUGUUUCCGGUUCAAUUCAUUUGUUCCACUCGGCGGCAACACCGCCAAUUGUUGAGAUAUCUUUGCCACUCUCUGAAGUCAUGGUAAUCUUGGAGAACCAGCAAAAACGAUAUGUUGAAAUAAUAAAUUCUGUGAAUGAAGAUCUACUCGAGGCCACCCGACUAUCGGCGAGAUUAGCUGAAAGAGAUGGAAGAAAAUACUAUUUCACCGUAAGUUUUUUUUUCAAACUUUUUUUGAUAAUGUUUUUUAUAGUGGAUCAAUUCAUUUGAAGAAAAAAUGAAUUUCGCGACAUUUUUUGUCGCGAAAUUGCAAUUCGUGAAACGACACUAAAUAAACACAAAAAUAAAGGAGAAAUAUUAAAGGGACACGUAAUCGCUGCGAGACCCAACACACGAAAAAAGAAUUUUCUCUUUAAUUUUAUUAAUUUCGUGUCGUUUCGCGAAUUGCAAUUUCGCGACAAAAAAUGUCGCGAAAUUCAUUUUUUCGUCAGAUGAAUUGAUCCAUAGGUGUUAUGCUAUGACAACUCUGGAUUCUCUAACACAACAAUCACAUGGGAAGACAGUUCAACAAAUUGA